AUGUCAUUCGGCUUUGGAAGACCUCUGGAACUGAAAAAAUUCGAUGAUACUACCACGGGAAUCCAAGAGGAGCUCGCGGCUUUAGCGCAAAAUAUGAAGUCUCUGCGAAAUGACCUAUGGGAUCUUCCUGGACCAGACAGCGACUCUACCGACCCGGACACAAUCUCACCUGGACGCGGUCUCGCGUUGCUCACUCUUCGUGACCUAGUCCAAAUCUUGUACUAUUCUUGCGACCUCGCUGGCAAGCUCUUGAGAACACUAGAUGCUGAUGACCCGACACAAUUCUUGAAGCCGAUCUACGAGAAUACUGCAGGCACCCUUGCCUCAACGCUUGGUCAGCUCAAUGAUUACGAGCGCAGAAUGCAUUACCUGGAGCGGACUGGGGUCGUGGACAUCCCUAGAGCCUUCUCCGUUGGUGCUUACCGCCAGCAUCCUGGAGUCUCCUCGAAGGAUGGAGUGGUGCAAGACCGCGAGCCUUUCCCCAUGUAUACGGAACUGUCUGCGACUCAGAUAACGCAAAUUCGCAAGAUGGACUCAGCAAGUCAAGUCAAACGCGCAACAGAGAUACACACAGAGCAUGUACUCUCUUCACCAUCCUACUGCCCGCAUGGCAUGAUGGUGUGCCCCAACUCGAAAGGCGCAUGUCUCCUCCGAAACAGAGGCACUCUUACUUGCACGGCCGACCGUACGAAGGAGAGCCAGCCGUCGCAAAAGCUUGGACCGAAUCAAAGGAGAACACGGACACACUUCGCCGCAGAUUGGGACUCCCUGUAG